UCCCAGCAUUUUUCUGUCUACCUAGAAGACCCACAUGGGGCCAUUUGGCCCGACCGCUUUUCCCCAAUACACUAAUCACUCAUUUUGUUAUGGUAAUGAGGCUGUUAGUGGCAGUGUGUGGGGUGAGGGGGUCACAUUUCACACACUUCAGACUUCAGUGGUGAAGUCAUGUUGGCUACUUCUGUGUGAAUGUGAGAAUGAGGAAUAAAAACACAUUCUAUUCUAAAAUGUGAACAUGUGAAUGUCCCAUGUGACCAUAACGACUCAUGUGACUGCAACCAGACAAUUGUUUGAUGGAUAAAUACCUCAGUGCACAUGGACUAUCGCUUCAGUUCCCUCAAGAAUUUUGUGGUGAAAGAAGCUCCUCUCCAAGGAACGAAGAUGCAGAGAUUCAACAUUCAACAGGCAUUGUCCCUCCCAAUGACAUCGUCUUCAGUGGGUCAUGUGGCUGCAAUGUUCUAAAUAUUCUCAUUGCUUCUGCGUGAAGCAGGCUGAAGAGGGAAAGUGCAUCACAUACGUAUACUGAGGUCGGUAAAUGGAAACCUGGCAACUCGGUUACACCAUUACUGCAGUGUAAGCAUGUGCACUGAAGAGGUUUCCCUUGCUUAGAGUUAACUGAAGGAAACUCCACAGCAGGAUGAAGUUAAGAGUCUUUACACUCUGUUGGAAUACGUAGAAGACGGGGACUUUUUUUUAGUUCUAUGGGAAAGAUAUUCUACCAACCACUUAUCUCCUAACAUCAAGGAAUGCACUAGGAUCUCCAAAGUCCCUCCAUCGUUCUGCAAACCUCUCUCACCAGGAGCACCCAGUCUCAAGCGAACCUUCUUUUCUGUGCUGUAAUGCCCCCUGCUGGAGCAAUGAUGAACCCAGACAUUUUCAAACAUUACAAUUAUACAGGAAAGCUGGACAAUCGGAACCACACCACGAGUGUUGAUUUCGGUCCCGAGAAGGUGGUGUUUCUAAUUAUAUGCAGCUUCAUAGUGCUGGAAAACCUGAUAGUGCUGAUAGCGAUAUGGCAAAACCACAAAUUCCACAGUCGCAUGUACUUUUUCAUCGGGAACCUUGCGCUGUGUGACUUGCUUGCUGGUGUGACAUACGCUGUAAAUCUGUUGAUGUCUGGAGAAAUAACUCUGCACCUUUCGACAGAAGAGUGGUUCAUCCGUGAGGGGAGUGUGUUCGUAGCUCUGGGAGCAUCCAUCUUUAGUCUGCUGGCUAUUGCCAUUGAAAGGCAUCUCACCAUGAUCAAAAUGAGGCCUUAUGACACGACUAAAAACUACAGAGUGUUUCUGCUUAUAGGGACAUGUUGGCUGAUUGCUGUGUCUCUCGGAGUGCUGCCCAUCCUGGGCUGGAACUGCCUGGGCAACCUUCCAUACUGCUCUGUCAUUUUACCGCUCUACGCAAAGAGCUACGUGGCAUUCUGCAUCAUCAUCUUUACAGCCUUGCUGCUGGCCAUUUCUGUACUGUACGCUCGCAUUUACGUCGUUGUGAAGUCCAGCAGCCGCAAGGUGAUGAAGCACAGCAACUCUGAGCACUCCAUGGCCCUGUUAAGGACAGUUAUCAUUGUCGUCGGGGUGUUCAUCGUAUGCUGGAUGCCUAUUUUUGUCCUCCUGCUCACUGAUGUGGCCUGCACAAUGAGGCAAUGCCCUAUCCUGCUCAAAGACGAGUGGUUCAUUGCUAUGGCCAUGAUGAACUCGGCUAUGAACCCAGUGAUCUACACUCUGGCGAGCAGGGAGAUGCGACGGGCAUUUUUUGGGCUGCUGUGCGGAUGUAUAGUGACACCAUGUACGGCUGGCGGCAAAGCGAACGGAGAAGGUAGCAGGAGUAAGAGUUCUAGUUAGAGUCAGAAACCACCUGAAGAUCAUGAGAAACAAGGGAACAUUGUCACUCAGGCAUCACAGAGAGCCCAGACUCCUGGAAUGAGACGAUCAAUUUAAGAUUAGUAUAGUGUAUAACCAUGAAUUUUGAGUUUAUCUUCAGAAGGUCCAGCAGAAGAUGGAGUUUUUUCUCUUUGGCUUAUGUCACAUAGUUGAUCAGGCAGCUAAUGACAGACCCCUUGCAAGCAGAGGACUUCAUUCCCGGCUGGUCUAUGUACCAAAACAUACAGUCAGCCAGUCUUACAUCACGUAUUACCAUACUGUAUAAACACCAGUAUUCUUAAAGCACAUAAAACUGCCAAUGUAUAACUUGUUUUUGUGACUAAAAUCAAUCUACAAUAUAUCAGCUUUUCCAGACAAAUGUCUAUUCUGGACUUAACACCAACCCUGAGCUCUUUUGUGCCAAGGCUGAGGAAACAUUUGGAGCAAGACAACAUGAUAUUUUAAACUGGAAUGGAAAUUUCAACCAAGUCUUUCAACCAUCCCUUUUUGCCUAUUAUAAAAACUGCUCUUGCAUGUUGUAAUUUCUUUGCCCUUGAUUCGUCUUUUCAGCAUAAAAAGGUUGACAAAGAAUUCCAGAUGGUGGUGGAAAAAAGGACAAGGCUGCCUCAAUUCCCUUUCUUUGUCACAUCAUUUGGUUUGUAUUUUAGGAAAUGAAACAACAGCUUAAAUGGAAUGAAUGUAGAAACGGAUGUAGAACGUAGAAAGUAGCAACUUUGGAUGGAUAAUCCAAAGCGUACUUACCUUAGACCAGGCUUCAUAUUUCACCACAAUUAAUUCUCCUGAUAUACCACAGUGAUGUUGAAUAUCGAGCGGCACGGUGGUGUAGUGGUUAGCGCUGUCGCCUCACAGCAAGAAGGUUCUGGGUUCGAGACCAGUGGCCGGCGAGGGCCUUUCUGUGUGGAGUUUGCAUGUUCUCCCCGUGUCCGCGUGGGUUUCCUCCGGGUGCUCCGGUUUCCCCCA